GUAAGGGUGUUGGUACAUUUGUCCUGUGUCCUGGGUUUGUGUACACAGGAUUGAUGCGUUAUUCUGCACCAAGAUUUAGUUGGGCCAAAAAGCUAUUUUCCUGCCCAUCAUGUUUUUCUUCAUGCGCACAGCAAAGCAGGGUGCGCAGACAUCGAUCCACUGUGCUGUCUCAGAAGAACUUGAUGAAGUGGAAUGGGCCUUUUUGGCCAACUGUAAAACUGAGAAACUAGCAGAUGUUGCACAAGAUGAAGCAGCUUCGGUUAGGCUCUGGGAUGUAUCUAUGGGAUCUUGUAGGGGAAAAUGGUUCUGAUUUGUUGGAGAAGAAGGGGUCCUUCUUGAUGUGGAAACUCCUCCAGAAACUGAUAAUGGAAUUGAUGAUGAUGUAGUUGUGAUUGAAAAGUAAAUGAAAACCAAUUUAAGGACUUCUGCUGAAUGUAAAUUAAAUUACAUAAAGUUUUGAAACUGAAAAAUGGGAAGAUGUACAUGUACUAUAUUUAAAGUUGUUUCUGGUGUAUGUAUCACCUCAGCAUCACUACUUAUAUGCAAAUUCAUAACUUAAGAUAUGCUUUGUUAUGAAGUUCUUGAAUGCAAUCUUUAAUGUGAUGUAUUUGGUCAAAUGUUGUCAGAUAGUUUAUGGUAAAAUGAGUAGAAAAUAAAUUUAGCAAUUACAGAGAAACUGGCAAAUAGGAAUGUUAUUGAUUGCUAAAUAAACCAAAAUUACUUUGUAAAAAAAGUAUUUAUAUGAGAUGCAAAAUGAAUGGUCAAAUUAGCACGAGGGAAAUAAAUUAUGCAUAUAUGU